GUCAAGGACAUCCCGCCGUGCCGAAAGGGGCAAUGGACCCCGGAGAUUCUUCGGCGAUACUGGUAUAGAUCCAGGCACUCACACCACAUGGCUUGACCGGGGGUUGAGACCAGGAAGAUCCUUUCCACUCUAUCAGCGGAGCGAUAAAGCUUCUGUUUCAGAGUGAGAUGAUGAAGGCCUCCCUCAAGCUGCCCUCCUAGUAUAUAAACGUCCAUGAAGACCACGAAAUAGAGGACCAAACAACUUCCAAACAACUCGAAUAUCAAAGCCGGUCGAACAUCUCGCACAAUUCAAUUCACAAUGAGAGCCUCCUUGUCUUUCCUCCUCGCCCUUCCCGUUGCCCUGGGAUCCGUGGUCCAGCCCCGGGAUAACCGUGGCAGCUACACCGUCGCUGGUCUGGGAGAGCGAAAGCAAGCUGUUCUGAAUUCCGGCGGCAACACCAUGGACGUCGCUAUUGCCAUGUUGGAGACCGACGGCAUGACCACCGACUACACUUACGGCGAUGGCAAAUCCGGCGACGCCACCAACUUCGGCAUUUUCAAGCAGAAUUGGAUGAUGCUGCGCCAGUCCGCCUCCGAGUUCAUGGGCCAAUCACCCGAGGACGUCAAGAAUGGCGAGGUCCUGAACUCCGACUUGAACAAGGACAUCAAGGCUCGCCAUGACAGUGAGGACCACUACGGCUUCGAUGUCUGGGUUGCUGGCCACAGAAAUGGCCAGAGUGGUUUGGAAAACCCGCACACCGAUGACAUUGCCACCUACCGCAGCGCCAUCGAGUGGAUCCAGCAGCAAAUUGACAGCCAGGAGUCUUACAAGUCCGAUGAUACUCGCUUCUGGGUCGAUGUCACCGCCAUCUAAGUGAUCUGAGCCG